UUGCAACGAGGAGAAGGCUGGAGGCAGUGGAGAUGUCGUGUCUGAGGGCAAUGUGUGGUGUGAAUAUAAUGCAGAGAAUUCGUAGUUUGGAAAUUAAGAGGAGGUGUGGGAUCAGUAAAACUAUUAUCCAGAGGGUUGAGGAGGGGUUGUUGAGGUGGUUCGGACAUGCAGAGAGGCUGGAGCAAAAUAGAAUGACUUCGAGAGUGUAUAAAUCUAUAGUGGAGGGAAGGCGGGGUAGGGGUCGGCCUAGGAAAGGUUGGAGGGAGGAGGUAAAGAAGGUUUUGUGUGAGAGAGGCUUGGACUUCCACCAAGCAUGCGUGAGCGUGUUAGGAGCGAUUGGGGGCAAAUGGUUUUUAGGACUUGACGUGCUGUUGGAGUGUGAGCAUGGUAAUAUUUAUAUUUAUGAAGGGAUUCAGGGAAACCGACAGGCCGGACUUGAGUCCUGGAGAUGGGAAGUACAGUGCCUGCACUCUGAAGGAGGCGUGUUAAUGUUGCAGUUUUAUAGCUGUAGUGUAAAGCACCCUUCUGGCAAGACAGUGAGAGUGAAUGAUGGUGAAAGUUUUUCUUUUUCGGGCCGCCCUGCCUUGGUGGGAGACGGAUGAUGUGUUAAUAAAUAUGUAAAUAUUUAUGGUGGUACUGGUGGUGGUGGUGGUGGUACUAGUAGUGGUACUGUGAUGGUGAUGGUACUGUGGUGGUGAUGGUACUGUUAAAGUGGUAGUGGUACUGUGAAGGUGGUGGUGCUACUGGUAAUGGUGCUGUGGUGGCACUUGUGGUGGCGGUGGUGGUGGUACUGUAAACGUGGAGGUGGUACUGGUCGUGGUAGUGUGGCUGUGGUGGUGGUCAUGGUGGUAGUAGUGGUGGCGGUACUGGGAUGGUGGUACUGGCGGUGGUGGUGAUAGUGUGGCUGUGGUGGCAGUGGUCGUGGUGGUAGUAGUGGUUGUUGUGCUGGUGGUGGUGGUGAUGAUGUUGGUACUGUGGUAAUGGUAUUGGUGGUGAUAUAGUGGUGGUGGAGGUGAGGGUGGUGGUGAUAUAGUGGUGGUGGAGGUGGUAGUGAUGGUACUGUGGUAGUGGUUUUGAUGGUGGUACUGUUGUAGUAGUGGUGGUUCUGUGGUGGUAGUGGUGGUGGUACUGUGGUGGUGGUGGUGGCGGUGGUGUGGCGCGCGUGUGUGGUGCGGGGUUGGGGUGUUGGGACGUCAGUAUUGCUGUUGGCAGUGAGGGGAGUGGAGCCACACGCUUGGCACUGACUAUGGGGGCCGCGCCACUCGCUGGUAGAGAGGCAGCACUGACGGCGGGGGCUGUGGAUACCCAACCUCUGGCAGGGCCUUCCUCUCUGCUACUCCAGUGGAUCCCACACCUUGAUAGCGACAGAACCAGAGGCAGCUCUCGUGGAACGGGAGGAAAUAGUAGUGGUAAUAGUGGUAGUGGUGGUGGGUGUGGGCAUGCAUGGGCUUGGGUGGUGGUUAUAGCGGCAUGGGCAGCUAUUCUUUUGCCCACGUGCCAGGCUAACCCAGACGCCAAAAGGCUGUACGACGACCUACUAAGCUCCUACAACCGCCUCAUCCGACCCGUCGGCAACAACUCUGACAGACUCACCGUCAAGCUGGGACUCAAGCUGUCUCAACUCAUCGAUGUGAACUUGAAAAAUCAAAUCAUGACGACGAACGUCUGGGUAGAGCAAGAAUGGAGAGACUACAAACUGGUGUGGGAGCCAGAGGAUUACGGUGGAGUUGAAAUUCUUCAUGUACCCUCAGAACACAUUUGGCUGCCAGACAUCGUCCUCUAUAACAAUGCUGAUGGGAACUACGAGGUAACCAUCAUGACAAAAGCUGUGCUUCAUUAUGACGGCAGAGUCACUUGGAAACCGCCAGCCAUCUACAAGUCUUCGUGUGAGAUCGAUGUUGAGUUUUUUCCCUUCGACCAGCAAACGUGUUUCAUGAAGUUUGGUUCCUGGACCUACGAUGGUUACAUGGUUGAUCUCCAACAUCUGCACCAGCAGCGAGGCAGUAACCUAGUAGAUCCUGGAAUAGACCUCAACGACUACUACAUCUCUGUCGAGUGGGACAUUCUUAAGGUGCCCGCUCUCAGGAAUGAACGCUUCUACCCCUGCUGCCAGGAACCCUAUCCUGAUAUCUACUUCAAUAUCACCAUGAGACGGAAAACGCUCUUCUACACCGUUAACCUCAUCAUACCCUGUGUUGGUAUCUCGUUCCUUUCAGUAUUGGUUUUCUACCUUCCAUCGGACUCUGGCGAGAAGGUGUCCCUCUGUAUCUCAAUCUUGCUCUCCCUCACUGUGUUCUUUCUCUUGUUAGCAGAAAUUAUUCCACCGACGUCCCUAGCUGUGCCUCUUUUGGGUAAAUAUCUGCUCUUCACUAUGAUUCUGGUAACGCUGUCUGUUAUGGUAACCAUAGGAGUCCUGAACGUCAAUUUUAGGUCUCCCUCGACGCACAAAAUGGCCCCAUGGGUGCGGAAGAUUUUUAUCGAGAUGUUACCAAAGUUCUUGUGGGUAGAACGACCAAAUAAAGACGAGGAAGGUCCAGAUGAAAUUACAGCUGGAGGGGAUACAUCCUUCACUCCCUCGAGCGAUGGGUUUGAUAAGUUUCCCUUUGAGGAACACCCGUAUGACAUUCCUGCGAUACCACCUUCACCGUACGACCGUGACAGGUAUGGGGACGAUCAUCUAGCUCUGCCCGCCCCUGAGUGUCAUGCCCAAGCGCAUGCUCACGAGGUAGCCUUCGUGCCAGAACUAGAGGAGCCAAAUCCUUACCAGGAUCACCGUACUCUCAGAAGCAUCGAGUACAUAGCGCAACACAUGAGGAAUGUCGACUCUUUCGGAGAGAUCGAGGACGACUGGCGAUAUGUGGCGAUGGUUUUGGACCGCCUCUUCCUAUGGAUCUUCAUGGUGGCUUGUGUUCUGGGCACGUGUGGGAUAAUCUUCAGGGCGCCUUCCCUCUACGAUACAACUCUUCCUAUAGACAUUCAACUGUCGAAGGUCGCGCAACGUCGCCGUCUUGAUCUAAUGGGACCAGAGGAAUAAUGGAAACUAGUUAUAGAUGGCAUAUUGGCGUGUUUUUAGAAUUGUGUGGACUGUGUACAGUAGCCGAGGAUGAAAUAAAAAUGACAAUAUAAAUAUUGCUGAUUCCAUUGUUUUACACAUUAGGGCAAUGGAAUGACAAUAAUGGACUUUGGAAUCUGCGGUGCUGGAACACGAAUGAUACAAGGUUAGGACUCAAAAGCAGCAGCCGUGGUUCACUAAGUACAACAUAAUUUGAACACUAUUCCCGCCAGUAUUAUAUAGUGCUGUGUUAAACUACACCAAUAUAGCAACUGAAACUAACGAAGUGUAUAUUUUAGAGGAAUCUAAACAAAUGGGAAUAGUGAUCACUGGUAAGAAUGAACAGACACGUAUCUCUCUUGGUAAGGUCUUUUUAUUAGGUGUGGCUUAAUACAUUAAUGUAAG